UUUUUUACCUUCCUAUCGGAAGGUUAUCCAUUCUUUAAUAACAUAUAUAUUUUCUGUUAUCGUAUUCACGCCAACGAUGAAAAUGAUUUUCAUGUUCGCGUUGGUGUCGGCGUUGGCCAUGUCCUCGGUGCUCGGACUUCCAUCCGGUCCGUCACCAAAACAGAUGACGUACGUAAAAGAAGACGAAACCGUAAUGCAAUCAGAAAAAACUGCGCAGAUCAUGGACAUAAACGACCGAUCGUCCAACUUGAAAUUCGUGAUAGCGAUCAAGAGCUCGACUAUUUGGGAGGAGAUCAAGAAACGGUCGCUGACGAUAAACUCGCCUUACGAGUUGGACGACACGAACGAUGAAAAAUCGCUKGAAAAACUGUCCGACCAAGAACUGGUGCAGCUCAAGAAAGCCUGUAACGAUGGGCUCAAGUGUGURUCCGUCGAUCAUCUGCUGGUGCUCGAACAGGUCAAAGUACAGCUCGGCGAUGGGAAAGUGUCAGUGCGGAUGGCCGUGACCAAGAUCACCCAGGUGCUCACACAGUACACUACCGAGUACUACGAGGACGUUUACCAGUACGAGGCGGUCAGUGUUUCCGACGACGAAUCCAAAGAGUACAAGUCGGUGACCACCAUAAUAGAAGACAACAAGGAACUGUGUCGGAUUGACCUCACUCCAACGAAAGAGAAAAGCCCUCCGAAAUAUGAUGAAGGUAGUGCUGUACCCACUGCCAUCGUUAAUAACAACAAUACCGUAAACUACAAUACGACAAAGUAUUACAACAUCAACAACGGCACAAUCAAUAGUGCCACCAUAAAUGUCAAACCGCAGUCGGGAGACACCGACGACAAACGGCCCACUAAUGGACGGGCCCAGAUCGACUCCACAAACCGUUCUCCGGACCAGCACGAUGUCAAUGCCGACCACCAAUCAAAAUCACUCAACAGUACGCCUGCCACCGGUGACAAAUCCAAUACCAAAGCUCCCAAAAACUACGCAGUGCAAAAACUAGACAGACAGAACCACGCACUGGACAGCGAGACCUCCGGCCAGCACUAUGAACCCGUCACGACCACCAGCCACCAUCCCGAAAACGAGCGUUCUACAGACGCUUACCGUAAACCCACCGAGCCUGUUACCGACAACAGAAUAGUUCUAAGCCGUUCAAAUGGAAAAGAUGCCACUAGACAAACCRUUGCCCAGAAGGUAGCCGAUGAUGGUGUCAAUAACAACACAAUAACACUGAAAAACAAUUCAAAUGAUGGGACAGGCGGUGGUAAUAACGAUUUUAACAGUGAUGUUGUCAGCACAGGUUCUCACAACAAAUAUAGCACAAAAAGAGGCAUGGUCGAAGAUGGCAUUUUAAACAACGGUUUAAUGAAAGCCAUGAACACUGACAAUAUUAACCUCAACAAAGGUACCAUUAAAAACGCUAAUACUGAUAAUGGUAUUAUCAACGUCGGAACGACCAACAACGGACCGGUUAAUUACGGUACAGCCCACAGUAACAACAACACAGGAACUAUGUUGGCCUCUGACMGUCACGACAUCAAUCAACAGAACCACGCAAUGGACAGCGGGACCUCCGGCCAGAACUACGAACCCGUCACGACCACCAGCUGUUACCCAGAGAGUACGCGCCCAGCAGACGACAAUCAGGCACCGACCGGCUACUCGGACAACGAAAAUAACAACAACAUGAGCUUUAAAAACGGAGUCGAAAACGGUCAGUCUGCAGACAAAACAAAAUUCAACCAUGACAUCGUGAGCGCGGGUUCGGACAACCUCGGGAUUGUGAAGAAAGGUUAUGUGGAGGACGGUGUACUCAACAACGGUAAUAUGGAGAUGCACAACAUCAACAACGGUACCAUCAACAAAGGCACGAUCUCCGAUAGUAAUGCUAAAAACGGUAUCAUAGCCGUUGGUACGGUCAACAACGGGCCGGCCAACUACGGCUCAGCCAACAACUACGCCGACAACGGAAAACAGACCGCAAUAAGUGACUAUGAAAUCCAACAAUAUUUAUCARAUAUCGAUAGUAUGUACUCGAAAAUCUUAGAACGCCUUGGCUGACUUUGUUGCUAAUUAUUCUAAAAAUCAGCACCUACCAAUAUAUUAAACAGUAUGUUCUAUAAUUUUGUUUAUAAUUCUAAUUCUAAUUCUAAUUUAUGUUUUAUGAUUUACCGAUUAGGUAUAAAAAUGCACGAGUUCGGAUUUUAGUAUGUUUUAGUGAUUUUCAUUUUUCCGUUAGUUUUAUAUUUUAUUUGCACUUCGUCAUAACAAUAUUUCGUGAUGCGUAUUGUAUUCGAUUAUCAUUGCCACUAAGUUAUUAUUGUUAUGCUUUAUCAAAAAAAUAAAAAUAAAAAUUAUACCUUUUGAUCAUGAAUAAUAUAUUUUUAUAAUACUGUAUUGUUAUUAACUAAUUGGUAAUGUCUUACAUUAUACAAUAAUAUAUAAACUAAUAAGUUGUAAUA